AUGGCUGCUAGAGCACACUCGCCGUCAGCAUACCCUGAUCCUGCACCUAUAAACCUCAGUCGACUAUUGUCAAGACUAGAGCGUAUAGUUCUGGUGGAACCAUCCCCCCAGCUGAGGAAGUCGAGUUAUGAGCGGGCGCGCGUUAGUGCUAACAUCGAGCAUGCGCGCACACUACUCCUUAGCCUUGAACAUUCUGCCUCCACUCUACCCUCCAAAUCCAAAAAGUCCACUCUACAGACCGAUCUCCAACAGAAACGCGAGCUCAUCAAACAACUCAAUCAGCGGAUAGACGAGCUGAAUCAGCUCGACGAUGCCGAGUCAGAAGCGUCGGUAGACUCGGACGAAGAGGAAGAAGACCAGUUUCCCUCGUACGCACCAAGAGUCAAGACGGAGUCUGGAAUCGAGGUAUCAGGAUCAACAGGACAAGGCGAUGAAGCGCUCCGGAAUGUGGCAAGAAGUCUUACAUCAGAGCUGAGGCGGAGAGGCAAAGGCGAAGAUGCCCAAGGAGCGCAGUCAGCGACAGGCAAUUCCUUAUUCCCUUCAAAACCUGCCCCGACGACCGGCGACCCUUCACUCGCACAUACAGAAGCGCUACUGUCACACGAUCGCAAUGAGCAAGAAAACCUCACGACUAGCCUCCUCGACAUGGCGAAGCAACUGAAACAGCAAUCGAUACACUUUGGCAACACCUUGGAAGGUGAUAAGGGCGUGCUCGAUCGCGCAGUCUCAGGGCUGGACAAGAACACUAUGGGCAUGGACGCUGCUAGCCGAAGAAUGGGCACAUUGCGCCGAAUGACAGAAGGCAAGGGCUGGUGGGGCCGCAUAAAGCUGUACGGACUGAUCUUUGGGCUGUGGGUUGCAGCCUUCCUCAUUGUGUUUGUGGGGCCCAAGAUCAGAUUUUAG